CGUGCCCUUAGAGUUUCCUGACCAAGUCCCCCCUCGAUUCCUGCGUCAUCAAGUCAGCGGCGCAUUUUGUUCGAAGUUUGGCGUUUUCGUUCCGGCCAACUUUCAUAUCAGUCGCCAUCAUCGACCCCCCAAGGUGGACAACAUGGCGCAUUGCUGUCUUCGUUAAUUCUUCCGGUUGCCACGACGUCCCUUUUUCUCUCCUUCUCGAAUAGAUGAAUGCUCGAGCGCUCGGAAUGCUCAUCGCUCCAUGACGCUUGUAUAGAAGUUCAUUCAAUCGUGUGUUCCUUGCUCGACUAGCGGGGGGUUUGAUAUCGGUCCAGAAAGAAAGUCUCCCGUUCUCAGUACCCAGGAUGGCCUCCUUGGGUGCCCCCGGUAGCCCUUGGGGCGACCAAUACCACUCAGUCCGGUCGACAAUGUCGACCCUUGCCGAGAAGACGUCCUACCGUCGUCUGAGAGCGCGCCCGACGAGGGCCCUCUUUGUCACGGUCGGAUUCUUCAUCUUCGUGCUAACGCUGUUGUGGCGUACUCCUACUACUAAAAAAGAGGAUACUGAGAACUACUACCUGAAAUUUCCUUCAUAUAAACCAUCCAAUGCUCGCCCCGAAGACCUCCAGAUUGUCCCCUCGGCGGGACAGAUCCCUAAUACAACUGAUCCCCUUCCGAAUAAUUUACAAAAAGCCAACCCGUCUUUCCAUCUGGUCAUUCCUGCACGGCGAAAGUCGAGCAUGCUUUGUCGCACGUUGGUUUCCGCCAUGAUCAUGAAUUAUCCGCCACCGACGUUGGUCGGAUAUGACAAGAAACCCCCGGAGGCGGCGACGGAGUGGAGUCUUAUGGUGGAGCGCAUACAGGACAUGAACAACUUCCUCCAGCAUGCUCCGCACGUGAAAGAUGAUGAUUUUGUACUCAUUGCGGAUGGGGACGAUGUCUAUUUCCAGCUACCGCCUGAGAUUAUGAUCCGGCGGUUCCAAGACCUCUUGAAGGAAAAUAAUGCGAAAUUGCGGCGAAAAUAUGGUUUCGUCGCUGUGGAGAACCCGAUCAACGGAGGAGCGGAGAUAAUUGAGCAGAAAUACUCGCAAAGAGUCUUGUUCGGUGCAAGCAAAGAUUGUUUUCCUAAUAUGACGCUCGAUGCGGGGUGCGCCUCAGUGCCGGAUUCCACCCUUCCUCCAGACGCCUACGGCUGGGAUACGGAUACCGAAAGAAAUUUGAUCAGACCACGUUAUAUCAAGCCCGGAGCGGCGAUUGGCAUGGUGGCUGACUUGAAGUUGAUCUACGCAGAGAUUCUGCGAUUCGUUGACAGACAGCGCUGGUCGCGAGGUGAUCACCUGGCUUUGACCCAGAUGUUCGGCAGACAGGAGUAUGUGCGGGAGCUGGAAAGAAGACGGACUUCCAGUCCAUUCACAGAGUGGAUGUAUGACAUGAUCGGCAUUUCAGAUGCAACGAACAUGACCAAAGUGCAUCAUCCAUUCCUCGAACCUGGGCAGCGCUACGAAUACGGAAUCGGGAUCGACUACGAGUCGCGUAUAUUCUUCAACGAGCUCAUGUCCAAGGGCGACGUCGAAUGGCUCAAGUAUAAUGAUGUGGAUCGAACCUCUGCCGUGCAAAUGGAGCACGGCGUCCCCCGCGAACAUCGCUUAUUACUGCCUUACGAUCUCUCCCCAGAGAACCUCGGCAACCCAUUUAUCCAUCCCAAGUACGGCAGAAAUGAAAUCCUCAAUCCGCCCCUCAGUUAUAACCUGGAUGCUCUCCCGAAUCCCAACAACCGUUCGUGGAGCAAUCUCCCGCUCAUGACCAACAUCCACUCUACGUCGGUCCCAGCCAUGAUCCAUCUAGACGGGGACCACUCAAUCAGAGACCACUGGUGGCAGAAGAUGUGGUACCACCCAUGGGCUCGGGCUCUCCUUCGCAAGUACGUGCGCUCCCCUAUUGGGUUCGAUGCGGCGCAGUCGGCUUUGCUGGGAGGCCAAGAAUGGUGGGAUCUCCGCGGUGGGAAAGGCGGUAUCUGGACCGACAAGGGAGAAUGGAUUGACUUUGGCGAGGUCUGCACAGGCUACGAACGAGAUAUCUUCAACGAUGAGUUGGGCCAGUGGAGACAAGAAGGCGGCGAAGGUCAUGCCGAACCUGUUUACAACCAGUUUGGGAACCUUGUCAAAGGUAAAGAGGGUUAAUUCCGUCUUUCCGUCCAGCAUGAAUAGGUUUGCGACUUGGUCUCGCAUCAGGAGUUGAAACCAAAGGCAGAAACUAAAGCCGCCUUUCGCGUCACUGUACAUAUUUCUUUUAUUUUUGUUUUGCUUCAUCGCUUACAACAGCACGAGCCGGCUUUGCUAUUCUGAGUAUGCAUUUGAUAUUGGGUGUUCAAUCUCUUCCAGUUUCUUUGGAUAAGUUGACUGAACUGGAUUGGUUCUCUGGGAGGGAGUGCUGUGGACAGGGUUUGGCACUAUUUCCCUGUCUUUCGCUCGUUUGUGUAAUGUCCUUGGGAAGAUGGGACCCUCGGUAGAUGGAGAUUGAUGUAAGAUAGAUACCAACUUAGCUUUAU